CCAUUAUUCGGCGAGCUUCCCUUUCACGGAAGCCUCAGCCCGGGCCUGUCAUUCUUCAAGGCUCUUGGCUGCAUAGCUUCAGUCGCAUUAUUAUUCGUGUGCCAGUGAGGAAGCUUCGUCCACCCGCCAGGGGGUACUCGUAGAGUACUGUAGCUCCCAUGGCGGGUCUAACCUUAAAAGGAGCAACAAGAAACCUUCCAGAGUAGUUCCCACUAAUAAUGUGCACAGAUGGUGUCACCAAAAAAAAAAACGACGCUGGGAAAACAGCACUCUCUCGCACUGACUCGGGCGGCGUGGCGUGUUUACUGUGGAAUUCCGGUGGGUGUUCGAGAAGCGGCGUGGGUUCAAGCGAGCCAUGCGAGAGGGGCAGUAGUGAAAAGGGGGUACUUGGUAUUACUGUAUUAUUGGAGCAAUGGAGGGGCGCGCGGAGGAUCGGCCAGGACCCAAAUAAGCGAGCCUCUACCUACGGAGGUAUGCUACUCUACUGUAUUGAUGCAUGCCCUGGGAUUUUCAGUUUUAGUUCCAUCUUUUCUUCCCCACUGUAUUCGUGUUCUUUUGACAGGCGAGACAACAGGAACUGGAAGCAGCUCAUCUUAGCUGCGGCAUGAAGGACUUCGUCCAAUAAUCAUCUCAUGUUUACCAUGCGAGCAAGAGCCGCCAAGAGGCCAUGUCCAGAACGAGAUUUUUUUUUAAAUGAUUUGAGCGCAGCGCAGCGCAGCGUAUGUCUUUCCGUUCGGAUCAUCCAUCUGUGGCAAUCUUUUCCUGAUUUCGUUCGUUCCCAUAACCCCCUUCUCGAACUCUAGUCUCUCUUUUUGUUCCCUUUUCCUUAUCUAUCAACGGAUAAACCUACACAAUCUUCUUGUUCUUGUCUUGUACUGUACUCGUUGUUCUUAUCGUCGCUCUUUUAUUACUUCAAGAAUAAUGGAACACGAGAAGCAGGACGGUAGCACGGUGCUCAGCGCCAAAGUGUCGGAUGGACCGUCUGCCCCUCGCUCGCCUGAACAUUCCGUGGAGACUUUGAUCAAUCCUUCUGGGCACAAGCAGGAGCUUGAGCGUAACUUUUCGCUGCUCAGUCUGUGCGCUGUUGCUAUCACCACUGGUAAUACUUGGGUUGCUAUUGGAGGCAGUGUGGUUGUUGCCAUCUAUAAUGGAGGACCUCCUGGUGUUUUGUAUGAGUUUAUCACGGUUUCAGUAUGUUACUGGUUGAUUGCAGCAUCUAUUGCCGAGCUGGCUUCGGCUAUGCCGUCGUCAAGUGGAGUGUACCAUUGGGCUACAGUUACAGCAGGACGAUAUGGUCGUCCCUGCGGAUACUUCGCAGGAUGGUGGAACUUCCUCGCCUGGGUCUUCGGCGCUGCCUCCAUCUCUGGUAUUCUGGCCAAUCAGACGAUCUCGAUGUAUUCCAUCUUCCACCCAACAUUCGUCGCAAAGCCAUGGCACACGUUCGUCAGCUACGUGAUUUGCACAUGGCUUUCUUGCUUCAUUGUACUGUUCGGUAACAGAUCGCUUCCAAUGGUCGGCAAUGUUGGUGGAUUCUUGAUCAUUGCUGGUGUUUUCGUCUGCAUUGUUGUAUGCGCUGUAAUGCCUACUGUUAAUGGUGUGGGCCAUGCUUCAACCGACUUUGUGUGGAAGGAGUGGCAGAAUCUGGCUGGAUACAGUGAUGGAUUCGUUUUCGUUGCUGGUAUGCUUAAUGGUGCUUUCGCUGUUGGAACACCGGAUUGUGUAUCUCAUCUUGCAGAGGAGAUCCCAAAUCCUUCUCGCAACAUCCCUAAAGCCAUGCUCUUCCAAUUCAUCAUCGGCUUCACCACCGCCUUCUUCUACCUCAUCUCCCUCUUCUACUCCAUCCAAGACCUCGACGCCAUCUUCGAAGCCGCAUCCGUCUUCCCCCUCGCCGCCAUCUACCGCCAAGCCACAGGCACCAACGCCGGAGCCGUCGGCCUCCUCGUCGUCACCUUCCUCCCAACUUUCGUCACUUGCGUAGGAUGCUACAUCACCGCCGGCCGCACAUUCUGGACGCUCUCGCGCGACAACGCCACGCCCUUCGCCCCCUUCUUCGCAACCAUCAGCCCGGUCUUCCACAACCCGUUCAACGCGACUGUUCUCUGCGGCGUGAUUUGCACGAUCAUGGGAUGCAUCUAUGUCGGUUCAACAGCGGCAUUCAACGCUUUCGUCGGAUCCUUCAUCAUCCUCUCCACGCUCUCCUACCUCUGCGCAAUCCUACCCCAUCUCCUCAGCGGCAGGAAGAACAUGCAGCCCGGCUGGUUCUGGAUGCACGGCCCGAUCGGAUAUAUCGUCAAUGGGUUCAGCUGUCUGUACAUCGUGGCGUUUAUUGUGAUUUUCUGCUUCCCGUACUACGCGCCAUUUGACCUUGCGGCUAUGAACUGGUCGAGUCUGAUUACGGGUGGAAUGACGAUUUUCGUGGCGGGCUUCUGGUUCUGGAGACAGAGUGAGUAUCAGGGCCCGAGACUGGUGGAUCUGAAUGAGGCGGCGUUGGCGAAGGAUGCGGCGUAGCUGCUGGAGGAGGAGGGGAUCCCGCUUUUGGAGAGGUGGGUGAGCUUGUAAAUAGAGGGUGCUUGUGUAGAUAGGACUCAAUAUACGAUGAGAUG